CUCGGCUGCUGCCAACAUUGGAUCCAGAUCGCUACUACUCUGUAUUUGUAAAUUGGUCUAAUGUUUGCUGUUGUAACCUUCCAUUUAGGUUAAGCAGAACUUGGUGAGACGAAGACAUUACAGGUUUUUCCAGCAUGAUCACCGUGCUGCCUCGACUCUUUCUUGGAGGCGCCGCAGAUGUGUCGGAGCCUCGGACGUUGUCAGAGUCGGGGAUCACGCACGUCCUAACCGUUGAUGCAGAAGAACCACGCCUGGCUGAUUCUUUUAAAACAAAGUUCGUUUUUGCCCUGGAUGAGUCCUGCACGGAUUUACUCAGCUUCUUGGACGAAUGCAUUCAGUUCAUCAGUGACGCGUUGUCAUUGGAGACAAAUAACGUGCUGGUGCAUUGUCAUGCUGGAGUAAGUCGAAGUGCAGCAGUCAUAAUUGCAUUCAUGAUGAAAACAUGUAAAUUGACACUGAAGGAUGCACAUGUUAGGCUUGAAAACAUUAAAACAGAUAUCAGAGUUAAUGACGAAUUUUUGCAUCAGCUAGAACUUUUUGAAUCGAUGGACUGUAACAUAGAUAUUUCAAAUCCAAUAUAUAAACAAUACCGCCUUCAGAAGGUAACGCAGAAGUAUCCAGAACUUCAGAACUUGCCAAGAGAGUAUUUUGCUGUUGAUCCCACGGCUACAACAGAGACACAAUUUAAUGAAGUAAUCUAUAAAUGCAGAAAAUGCAGACGUUCUUUAUUUCGAAAUUCAAGUAUUCUAAACCACAUAUCUGGAUCUGAACCAGCAGCAUUUGUUCACAAAAGAAUGAACCCUAUAAAUAUUCAAACAGUUGGAAAGGAGCAGAAUCGGUGCACAUCUUAUUUUAUUGAGCCGGUUCAGUGGAUGGAGCCAGCACUACUUGGAGUUAUGGAUGGUCAGCUCCUGUGUCCAAAAUGCAGUUCCAAGCUGGGUUCCUUUAAUUGGUAUGGAGAGCAGUGUUCAUGUGGUCGAUGGAUUACACCAGCUUUUCAAAUUCAUAAAACAAGAGUAGAUGAAUUGAAGAAGAUUGCAUUGCCUUCAAUGAAACUGGGAAACAGUUAAUGCACCUGCAUGUGUUUUUUUAUUUAAAAAGAGUGCAUUCCAACUUAAAAAUACAGAAAAUGAAUGGGUUGAAAAUGAGCAUGCACUGAAUUUAGAAUUUCUCUUUAGUUCCCCAAUUUUAAAAUAUCAGAAUAAUUAAGCAUGCCUUACCUUGAGGAUACUUUAAUGUCAAAAUAAAUGUACAUAAAUUAUUUAGGUUUCCAAGUUAAACUGUAUAUAUUAAAUGUGUAAAUAAAAAUACUUAACUGAGCAGGAAUGCAAAAUCUGUUUUUCUUGUUUAGGUUUAAUUUGUUACAAAGUGUAGCAAGGGUCUAGUUUCAGAUUUUGAAAUUUGUCAACGCUUAGUGUUGUUAAAAAGAGGUAAUACUUGAAAUUGGAUUUAUAGGUGGCUAUGAUCUGUACUAAUGACUUUUUGUGUACAUGUGUGCAUGUCACAGUGGUAAUGAGCAAGUAGCAAUACAAGAGAGAGCUUUUACAAAGUGGUGAGAGGUGAUUGUAAGCAUCAUGAUUCUUAGACAGAAUAAUAAUGAAGAUAAGACAUAAUCGUAGAUAAUCCGGAGAAUGAGGGUAGGAAUGCCUCGGGAGGAACCUGGUCAUAUACUGUAGAUGUUUUCUCCUGUAUGAUUUAAGCCUAAAAUGUCAUUCAGUUCUGUUUUAUACUUUCAGGUUUUUCCUGUACGAUAAUAACAUACUGUAUAUCAUUUAAAUCAGCAAAUCACAAUGUUGUGAAAAAUAUGGACACUUUACAGCCACUGCUAGAGAUUUUACAAAAAUUGGCAUGCUAUUCCAGCAGUUUAUACUGUCUAGAUACUAUGUUGAACAGUAUAUAAUUAAAAAACAAAAAGAAAA